CAUCAACAUCAUGGUCAUCUUCUUUACCCAACAUCCUUCCCCAGUACUGAAACGGACUUUUCCCGCUACCCUCUCCCUGGAGCUUGCUCCGUCAUCUCUUAUGCUUGUUCGCCAGCUGGUAUUCACACCAGCUCUCGCGUCUCGUGCAUGCCAGCUCCUCACGCCUAACCCUCGUAUCAAUUCUUCUCUCUUUCUCUUCUGCUGCCACCAUCACCGUCCCGCGCGCUCAUUGCAGAUCCAUUGUACCGCUUUUACCUUCGCCACAGGCUCGUGACAUUGCUUGAGGAGACAUUAGCGCGGCUGCACGCGCGAACAGAAGGUCUCGUUCGAGCGGGUCGUCGGCAAAAGGGUUGUGAUCACGAUUGUCACAUUUCGUCACAACCACCCAUCGGAAGUCAUGGCUUCCUUCUCUACAUCACCUAACUCACGUGAAGGACAAGUUGCCAGAGCUACGAACACGCGCCAGUUCAAUGCAUCCAACAGCAACACCUUGGCAAACCAGGCAUCCUCUCCUGGAGCGCGGCCGACCUUCCGCAAAGUGAACGCUGCCAAGUCAGACGGCGACGAAUGGGUAACGGUCGGCCCUCAGCAGCGCAGUACCUCUUCCUCCAUCUCCGUCACUGCGGGAAAGGGAAACGCGUAUUCCUCGUCCGGGAGCGCAACAAGCUACAGCUCAUUGUCCAUGGUCUCGAACCCUCCCAUUGGUAGCGAAUCACGCCACGCUCGCCCUGCUACACAGGGAGCCACUCUUUUCGUCGCGGGCGUCCCGCCGGUCUACGGUGUCGAACAGCAGCUAAGGGUCAAAGAAGAGCUGAAUGUACAUCUCAGCCAGUGGGCGCCAGUCAAAGGCAUCAAGCUUGUCUAUGCCAGGCAAUACGACAAUCACGUCAAAUGCGCUUUCGCAGAGUUUGCGACGGCAGCAGAUGCAAACCGAGUAAUGGAAGAAGCGCAUGGUUCUAACUUCAGAGGCAUGUACCUACGUCUGGAGCCUUCGCGAGGAGACAGGACGGUCCGCUUCGAAAUGACCAAAAGCAAGCUUGACAUGCAGUCUAUGUCUCUCUGCGGCAACGACGAGCAAGUGCUUAGCGAGGAAGACGUCCUUGCGGAAGGCCAAGUUUUAGGUCUUACGGAGACGCUUGCUGAGAAGCUUGCUCGGCCUUUCGGGCACAUCGAAGCUGUCGACAGACGUUUUGCGGACUUGGGAAACGGUUCCGUCAUCGAUGUCGUGAUGAGUUCAAGUGAAGAAGCACGUGCAGUUGUCAAUGUCCUUGGCAACCUCAAAGCGGCCAGCGGUCUCAAGGUUGGUUGGGCCCAAUUCAACUCGUGUCUUGGGGGCAAACUCGAAGACACAUUCCCACAAGACAGCUCCAGCUCCAACGAAGGGUCGUGUGAUGACCAAGUUGUUUCGGGACCAGCUGCAGCUCGUGAACAGGCCGCCUCGACGAUCAAAUUGCUGCCUUCUGUCACGUCUUCAACAACGGCUCAGCCGCCUUGCGACACAAUGCGACCAUUCAAAGAAGCCGAAGUCCAGCGUGUCAUGGAGAGUCGGCUCGAGAAUCAACCCUUUUUGACAUUGGAAAGACUGUUGUUAGAGCCUGCUGUCCAUGCACCGACUAAGUCCCAACGAAAGAAGGUCACGAGAGCCGGCAUGCACAAUCAAGGAGAGCAUCGUGGUUGUACAACAUCCAGAAAGGGAGUUUUCUCAUCAGCACCACCCACACCUGGGGCUGGCAGCGAACAGGCAUCGCAGGAAAAGGCAUUGGAAGCUCUCAAGCUCGAAUUAGGCAUUUCAAGCUACAAUGGACCGUGGGGUUCCUCUGAGCACAACAGUCCGACCAUCAUGAGCAGCACGCCAAAAAAUGAAAGCGUCUUGCUGGAAUCGGCCACCUCUGGGCAAGAAGCAGGCAGACCAAACACAUCGCCCCUUGAAAGGCCCCGUCACAGUCAGGUGGACGAGGAAGGCAAUUCGACCGUCAGCUCUGCUCAAGUAGCCACUCCGCGUUCGGAGUCAGGAAGAGUCUCCAUAUCUGACCCUUUCAAGCACAAAAUGCCCGGCAAUUUCGCAACACCCGCGUCUGUGUCAGGUUUCGGCAAGCCUACUCAAUCGUUCGAUCUGGUUUCGCAUCCUGGAAGUAGCGAACAGCGCGCGUAUGACCUAGGCAUCAUCUGGGUCGGACACAUCGGUCCUCUUGCCACCGAUUCGGACAUUCGCGAUUUUUUUUCCGAUUGCGGGCCGAUCAAGCGGGUCAAAACCAUGCGCAGCGUCAACGGCACCUCUUUCUACGCGUUUGUCAAUUUCCUCGAAGAUUCCAGUGUUGAUUUAGCUCUCGCGAAGCACGGUAAACCCUGGAAAUUUGGCAAAAGCAUCGCCGUGCGUCGAAAGACCAAGGUCUCGCCUGCGAUUGUAGCAAAGAAGCAGCGCGCAUCACUCGCAUCCGAAUCGAGGCGUAGCUCUGGUGCGUCUCCAGAAAGUGUGCCCCGUGCAUUGUCUGCGCUGCGCUGGAGGAAUGGCGAGAUGGGCGCAACCCUCAGACACAACACCCAGUCACCGGAUCAUGACAAAUCGCCUGAGACUUCGAACAGGGAGCGGGCGACUCAAGUAGCAAAAGCGAUGUUGGGAGAAGGCGCAACUUCUCCCGAAAGCAGUAAAAUGUUCAGCCCGGCACAAGAGUAUACGCCUCCUGCUACGCAGACAUCCUCUAUGCGGAAUGGGCCCGCAGCGGCUAGACAUGCGCCCUUGAGGCAAACCAGCUCCCUUGGUUCUGAAAACGGGAAGGGUCUCGCUUCAGCCAAGAAACAACCUUUUUCGGGCACCAGAGAUACCUCGUCAUCUUCAACUGGCAGUUUCAGACAAGAUAGCUACGGGCAAAGGUACCAGCCGCAAGACCCUUCUGUCGCAGCGCAGAAGGAAAAUUUCCGCCCUCUGCACCCUGCUGUCGUACCUCCCAUGAUACCAAACGUGCAGCCAUAUGCAGUCACCUGGACUGGCGAUCGCUGGCUUCCCGUCCUUCCUCCCAUGCCGACCGUUCUGACGCCAACGGACCCGUCAAGGAUGGCAGGGCAAGUCCCACAAGGAUAUCUAACAUACGAGCAGUAUAUGCUCAACAUGGCCCAGCCCGGCUCGACGCCUGUCAAUCUCCAGUCUCCGAGCUCCGUCACAAGUGAAGCAUCGCAAUUUCGUCCAGGACCACGGUCAGGCCUUCCAAUGGCAUAUACCGUCAUGGGGUACCCGAUGACACCCUUUGGUGGACAGACUUACCAUCUCCUCGGCGAACCGAGUGAAUUUGCACACCCUGCUCCACGGGCGAAACCACAAGAACAGCAACGACUCCGACCUCCUUUCAAUCCGAGGCUCGCCCCAUUCGUUCCCCAUUUGUGCACCGGGUACUCGCCGUCGAUGCAAGACUUCCAGCUUCAAGAUGGCUGUCAGUCGAGCGGUGCUGUCGGCCCCUUUCUAGGUACAGCGAGUGGUGCGUACGGCUCUCAGAUGUCUCAGCCUACCAAAGUAGCACCGAAUGUUAGUGGGUCGUCACCCCAGGCUCGCUCUCCCGGUACGAAUAGCAAACGCUCCGCUGAGGGCGCCUGCACCCAAAAGCCGCCAAUGUCUAGCGCAUUCCAUCAUGGUGUGCCUGGCAAUGCAACGCGAAUUCGAGGAACUCCGUUUGGCGCGGUGGAAACUCCUAGCCAGUCUACACCUGGGAAGCCGAGUCUCGCUGCUUCAGGCAUGGUGGCAAAUUACUCGCCAGUCGUCCCUCAGCGAUUAUCAAACACAGAGUCCUCCUGCGAGCUACCAUACUCGGCACCAAUGAGCGAUUAUGCGCUUUCAGAGGGCAUCCCGCCCCCCUUAACCUUGGCUCUUGCCGAAGGUACGAAUGGUGCGCCAAUUGUCACGAGUGCUACCGCAGGCGGCGACGCCAGCCAUGUUCCUCAUGUCCGACUUGCACCAGCUCAAGGCAUUCAGCUUUUUCCUCAUGCUUCGUUCCUUGGACCCGUCAUGCAACAAGCACCUGCCCAGCCAUCUCCCUCGCAAGCAAUGUCCCCGCAAAAUGACCUUUCAGCAUCGUCCCAACGCAUAGAUAUCCCCGCAUACAUGGCAGAUUAUUGAAGGACGACAUCCCAAAAACUUCACGGCAGAUGAGCAGAUAAAAAGACUGUUAAUGCGGCACUGAGCAAAAAACGUAUUUGAUUCCGUUUCAAAGUGUAGUAAAGACCCAAUUUCAUGCGAUCGCACUAAUCACCAGAUCUACCGCACUUUGCUCCUCUCCCCGGACAGCCAGCUCCAUCGUCACACCGGACUCUUCCUCAAACGUCAUGCGACAG